GUAGUUCGGUACAGGAUCGAUACAGGGUAGUCGGUACAGGAAGGAGACGUGUUCAGGGACGCGUGCCGGCCGCUGUGAAGGUAUUCAUCACUACCAAACCUACCUUAGUGUAGUGAACACAUCUACAGACACCACCACUCCCGUUUUGCAUCAUCGCUUGAUACAUCAUGGAAUGUGUAUCAUGCUCCAAUCAUUAUGAUGAAACUACUCAUCAGCCUAGGAACUUGAGAUGCGGCCACACAUGCUGCAUAGAGUGUGUGAGGUCCAUGGUGCAGGACAUGGCAUUUGUUUGUCCUGUGUGCCAGGCUGAUGAGGGGGACAAGGAGUUGAGCGAAGUUCCCAUCAGUUAUGGUGUCCUGCAAGCCCUUCAGGUCUUGGCUGAAAACAGCUUCAGUGACAGGAUGUCAGCAAAAAGAGACUCUUCAAUCUCACUGCUCUCAUCACAAGGUACUAUCAGCUAUGAGCCACAACUACAUGCAGGGAUGUGUUCAGACCAUGGCUGUUACAAAGUAUUCUUUUGUAAGAGGUGUGAUAUAUGGGUAUGUCGUGACUGUACCAUCAUUGAUCACGUUCAACCCUGCGAGAUCAUCUCGAUAAAAAAAGAGUUGGCUAAUAUGAAGGAAAAUGGAAAACGUGAUUUCCUAUCAGAAAUAGAGCUGUGCAAAAGCAAGUUGGCAGACUUUGAGGAGCUGUACACUGAUUUAAAAUCAACUGGUGAGACUUUUCAGAGACACAUCUCACUGAUGGAAGAAAUUGGCAAAAAGUACAAGGACUUGUUGGACAGUCUUCAAGAGGACAUCAAGAAGUGCCCAGACAAGCAAACAAUGAUUAACAACACGAAGAAGUAUUAUGAAGAUAGCUUGCAGAAAUUUGAGGAGGCUGAGACUGUUGAGGAAGUAAUGGAGCUGCUGGCAUCUCUGAAGGAUAUGAAGGACAGGAACCAAGAUCUUGCUGAUCAUCUAGACUUCCCGAUACUGCACACAUGCAAAAAGGCAUGCGUAACAAUGGAUGCUGCACUGGUUUCAUUGCAACACCUCACAAACCCCGAGGAAGCUGACUCGCCAUUAACCACAGAAACAAGCAACACUUCAGUGGGCCUGCCAGUGCUUAAGGGCCUGCGCAGGAAUAUCCCUGCAAAAUAAAAAAUAAAAAAAACACCGAAGACGACUUCAUUGAAGAGCGUUAUAGAAUCUAAUGAAGACACUACACCUGUACUGUCAAGUCGCUUCUGCUGGUAUGUAGGUGAGGGAGUCUGAGUGACAAUUGGCAAAUAGUAGUAUCACAUUUAUUGUUCUAAUGACUUAGCUGGCUCGAUCAUAAUGUUAAUUCAUAUCAUACUACAAUCACUAUUUGCUUCAAUUCACCAUAUGCAUUUUUCCCAUUUUAUUUGUUAACCAUUUUUAGACGGCAUACCUCAAUGUAGUACUUUCAAAUAGCUGUGCAAUUUAGGGAUUAAAAAGAUACCUUUUCUGCAUUCAAUUUUGUUAUAGUAUUUGUUUCAUUUUACUACCAAAGUUGGUUCAGUUGCUCUCACCCAUUCUUGUAAUUGGUGCGGACAAGAAUUUAAUGUGAACCAUUGCUUUGUUUAAAUUAAUGUGCCUGACAAACAUAUUAAAGACCAUUCAUUCUAGUUCCAUAUAUGAGAAAUGUUAAAAAAUAGAAAGAGCAGAUUUGAAUAAAGGUAAUUUGUGAAGAUAACAUUAAAUAUAAUUCUAAUGUCAUACCCAGUUAGCAAUAAAUGAAGACAACAUAAA